GGCGAGGCUGACGCAAUCUGGGUUAGGGCUCCGGCCCGACUGCCACGGUCACAUGGUGUCGCGGGCCGCCCGAAAACCGGCGUCUUGCCCACCGCUGCCGACGCCGCGAUCGGGGCCCCCGCUUUUGAGCCAACGGAGGAAUUGGCUUGGCGUGGCGUUUCUGUGUGUUUCGUGAAAAAUUGCUCGGCCCCGUGUGCUUUCGACGCGAGGCCUAGCGUGGUCGCAUCGACGCUGCAGCGCGCGUCUGCGUCAUCUGUGUGGCUCACGCGGGUCACGUGUCCUCUGCACGUGCAGGAGCUUCACCGCCGUGAAGACGGCGAGCAAUGACUUCCCUUGCUCCUGACAAGGAGCCACAACCAGUGGUGGACGGUGUGGUCAGUGACGUUACAAAAGUGCGCAAGGAUGGCGGCGUGGCGUGGCUCGUGUGUCUAGCCUCGUUCUGGGUGCACGGCGCUGUGUUUGGCAUUAUUAACUGCUUCGGUGUCCUCUACCCAGUCAUUCACGAUCUUGCUCCCGACAAGGAACAGGCCUCGUUCCACGCGUCACUAGUUGGUUCGCUAUGCGUGGGGUCGACGUUCGCCAUGUCUCCAGUGGCAAGCCUGCUGGCAGACAAGUUUGGCGCUCGGAUAACCGUGGUGUGUGGCGUAAUAGGGUCCGUAGGCCUCCUUCUGAGCUCAUGGGCUUUCAGGGUACCAUACUUAUGGGUCACAUAUGGUGGCCUUCUGGGAGUCGGAUCUACAAUGGCGUACGCACCCUCUCUUUCUGUUCUGGCACACUACUUCAACCGCAAGUUGGGUCUAGCCAACGGCAUCGCCACUGCCGGAAGCUCAGUGUUCACAGCCGUCCUGCCAAUUCCACUUGCGGCCAUGAUGGAUGCCAUUGGACUGCAGAACACUUUUCGGGUAAUGUCUGUCCUGACGCUGAGUGUAGCUCUAUGUGGUAUCGCCUUCAAAACACCAGUUGUCAUUCACGGUUGGAAUGAUGAAGACAAGGAACCAAGCGGCUGCUGCGACGUACUCAACAGGUCCAUAUGGAAGAAUCGGCGGUUCGUCGUCUGGGUGAUCGCGAUUCCUUUGGCCCUGUUCGGCUACUUUGUGCCGUACGUUCAUCUCGUCCAACACGUGGAUGACGUGUUUCCCGACGCCAACGGCGAGACGCUCGUCACUUGCAUGGGCAUCACGUCCGGUCUGGGACGCGUCUUGUUUGGCAGGCUCGCCGACCUGCCCAGCGUUAGUCCCGUAGUUUUACAGCAGGUGUCGUUCAUGGCCAUGGGCCUGUUGACGCUCUCGAUAGCCGCAGCGCACACCUACGUGUCCCUGGUGCUGGUCUGCCUCCUGCUGGGGCUCUGCGACGGCUGCUUCAUCUCGCUCAUCGGACCAGCGGCACAGAGGCUGACCGGGACCCGCGGUGCAUCGCAGGCCAUCGGCUUCCUGCUGGGACUCUGCUCCGUGCCGCUCACUGCCGGGCCCCCCGCUGCCGGAAUUCUGUACGACCAAAGAGGAAACUACAACCUCGCAUUCCUGCUUGCUGGCGUGCCUCCAAUUGUGGCAUCGAUUCUCAUGUGUGCCAUACAUUUGAUAAAAACGGACCCCGACGAGCAGCACGACGUUCGGCCAAAGGAAAGCGACAUCCUCGGAACGAGGCGGCUCAGUGCGCUCGUGGCUUCGGAGCCGUGAACAGAGUAUAGCGAGAGCGGCGCUAUACGUCAACAGUAUCCUUGCCGCGCAUAUAGGCAGAAUGACAUGCGACGGUGACAGAAGGAGACAAAUGAAGAGCCAGCGACAAUACCGCUGCUGAACGGAGAGUUCAAUACUAGAACUGUGAGAGCGUGAACACGAACAGGGUAACUUUUCCAUCCAUUUGUGCCGCGACGGAAACAAUCAAAAUGGCGAUUGCUGCUAAACGCUGUGCAGUUCCAUCUGCUCUUGUGGGCAAAGGCUGGACAGCUCACGGGCAGAAGGACGGGAAGAUUUCGAGGUUGUCAGAAGUGGAUCCACACAGCCAAGCCGUCAGGACAGCAAGGCCAAGUGUCGACAGUUUUCUUUUGUGUUGUUUUUUAUUACCGCAGAUAACAUUGCGUUAUUUCAACCUUUCUGUGACUUGUCUCAUGGGACAGUCAAAAAUUCGAAAGGUUGUGAAAUGUUUGUGUUUCUUCUCCGUUAUUCAUAAAAAAGAGACACAUCAGAAACGCAUUUUUCUCUUUC